GGGUCGAGUCAGGACCUCACUUGUUGCACACGCAGCACUGAAACGAUUGAACACUGCUGUUUGGAUUUCACCAUGAUUCUCACUCAGAUAUUGUUUUACUCGCAGCUUUUAAUUGGUGACUUGUUUGCGCAUGCGAAUAGGCAGACCGAGACCCCUCGCGGACUGUAUGAGAGCAUCAAUCUCUCUCGAUGCGCACAGCAGGAUAUAUUCGUUUUAACCUGAACGUGAAAUCUAAACCUGGCAACACGCAGUUUUUCUUCCCCUCACACGCCUCUGCUGCUACUACGUUUUACGCAACAGGCGGCACCACCAAUGUGGAGUCUCGGCUGAAGAACCAGUCCCACCACCUGUAACUGCGCCUCUCUGCUCCGCCGACUUUUUCAUGCCGAAGCCGAGGAUGAAGAAGCAAAACAUCCGGACCUUGUCGCUCAUCCUCUGCAUGUUCUCCUACCUGCUGGUCGGCGCCGCGGUGUUUGACGCGCUCGAGUCCGAGUCGGAGAACUCCCGCAGGCGCAUCUUGGAGCAGAAGCGCAAUGAGAUGAAGAAGAAGUACCGUUUCUCCGAGGACGACUACCGAGAGAUCGAGCGAGUGGUGCUGCAAGCUGAGCCACAUCGUGCUGGAAGACAGUGGAAAUUUGCAGGCUCUUUUUACUUUGCCAUAACAGUCAUCACCACCAUUGGUAAGUUGAUGUAAUGUCUCAUUGGGAGAGGAUGUCUCAUUUGCUGUUUUAUUUAAUGCUUAAUCACAGACUGAAGAUUGUUUCCCUGUCAAUGCAUCACCAUGCUCCUCUCAUUUCCAUUACCCUGCAUUAAGGUUAUGGACAUGCAGCACCAGGCACUGAUGCAGGAAAAGUCUUCUGCAUGUUCUACGCCGUGCUGGGCAUCCCUCUCACCCUGGUCAUGUUCCAGAGCCUUGGAGAAAGGAUGAACACAUUCGUCCGCUAUCUCCUCCAUAAGAUGAAGCAGUGCCUGGGAUUUAGACGCACUGAGGUGUCCAUGGAGAACAUGGUCUUGGUGGGGUUCCUGUCCUGCAUCGGUACGCUUUGUGUAGGGGCUGCAGCCUUCUCCCACUUUGAGGGAUGGAGCUUCUUCCACGCUUACUACUACUGCUUCAUCACACUCACUACCAUUGGUUUUGGAGACUUUGUGGCCCUGCAGAAGAAGGAGGACCUCCAGGAGAAAACACCCUAUGUGGUGUUCAGCUUCAUGUACAUCCUAGUGGGGCUGACUGUCAUCGGGGCCUUCCUGAACCUGGUUGUGCUUCGCUUCCUCACCAUGAACACAGAGGAUGAGAGGAGGGAUGCCCAAGAGAGGGCGUCCCUGAAGAGGGACAGAGGCCUCUUGGAUGGGGGUCUACGUGUUGGAGGGGAGCAGAGCAGAGACAGUCGCAGAGAGAGGAACAGGAGCAACGUAGCCCACACUCACAGCCACAGCCACAGUCACAGUCACAGCGCGCUUCUCCUCCCGAUGGAGGAGGGAACCAGCCGCACAAACCUCAUCACCUCCUCUCCUAUUGAGGACCAGGAGAGACAGAGGAGCCCCUGCAGACACAGGCUGCAUUUUCAGAUCAAGACUGGAAGAUGCAGGAGAGAGUCCAGCCUCAGCUCCCUCUGCUCAUGCGUGUGCUACCGUUUGGGGAUGUGUGACAGUCCUCUCGUAUCUCGCAGCGAACACCAACACGGCUGCCAUAUUAACUCUGUGUACUACAACUCAGUGUCCUACAGGAUCGAGGGCUGCUCCCCGGGUUCGAGGGACAACACCGGACUCUCAUCCCCAGGUAGCACUCUCUCACCUGGGCACAGCUUCCUGGAGUUCCCUCGCGCGAGAAGGAAGUCAGUGUAAAGAGGACUUGAAGGGGAGGUAUUUGCACAGACUGUAAACAGUAUUUUUAACGUGUUGGACCUCUUUUGUGCAUGUCAUAAGAUGCUGAUUCUGUCCGUUGUUGCUUUUGAAGACAUUUGUUUUUUUGUUAAAGAGGGAUAAGAUUCGACCAUGACAUGAUUUUCGCUCUGCUGUUUUCCUCGCAUGUCGGCCGAAGUGUGGUGCAUGCUAAAAAAGAAUGUAAAGCACAUAAUGUGAAUGCAUGAGUGCUGUGUAAAGAUGUCAAAAGUGGGGCUUUGAAGCUACAGAGGAAUUUUUUGGUUAUAGUGCUUAUCAAUGACUGUGUAACUCUUCCGUGAAUGUAUGUGAAUAAUCCUCAUUGGCUCCUGCUUCCGACUAAAUCUUUUUCAUGCCAGAUCUAGAAGAUGUCAUUACACUUUUCUAUUUAAAAAAAAAAACAAAGCCUUAAAGAACUUUGAAAAAGCACAGGAGAUACAUGGCUUCCUAUCUCAGUGAAUUUAAUAAAUCCUUUUAAUAUCUGAAAACAUGUAUGCGCAUUCUCCAGGAGUGAUGCACUUAAUACGAAGAGAGAACAACUGUUACACGACUGAUGGAUGUAGCACUCAACAGAUAUGUAGCUGGUAACUUGUAAACUUCCAACAAAGCUGAACAAUUGUCAUUUUUAAGCGGAGAUGUUGUAGACGUGAUUUCUAAACAGAUUGAUGUGAAACUCUUACAGUGUUGUUUUAUUAAAACCAAAGGAACGGAGCACCGCAUGAGUAAGUGUUUUGAUUUGAUUAAAGGUUGCUUAAUAUUUCAACUUCUUAAGCUUUUCAGCGCUCUCAUUUCCCCUAAAUUACGUAGAUAACACAAAAAUAGAAAGUAGCUGGUACAAGCAAAGACUUGGGCUGAAUGGAAAAAUAACGGUAACAGGGUGAACAAAACUAAUCGACCGCUCUUUAUGAUUCAGAGUUAAUAAUUGCUCUUGAUACAUCAGAGACCGCCCCAAUCGAGACAAUGCUUUUGUCAGGUGAUUGUGAGAAUGACACAUCAUUUGUGAAACGAGCUUGUGUCGCCUCCUCGCUUCAUAAAUUCAGUAAAACAAAAAUAUCUGUCACGGUCACAGAUUCAGUUUUUCACUCUCUCCUAGGUUAAGUCUCUGGACUCAACCACAAGGCCAAACAAGCUCUCUUAAAGUUAAACUCUUACUUCUAAUUGUGUACACUUCUUACUCAAUUGGUGAAUCAUUUUCCUUCGAGAGUCAUGGGUUUGUUGCUUUGGUCUAAAACUCUCCCUCUAAAAUCGAGAAUAAAAUGACCAUAAAGACAAAAACAAAAUACUUAACAUGCACUAAACAUCAAAGUAAAGCCUAUAAUCCACUGAAUCUUCCAACACCACAGCCUCUUCUCUGCCAUGGGGUUCAAUUACACCAUGUGUUAUCACAUAUGCACGUUGACUCUGCUAUCUUUACAGCCUGUCAGUUUGAAACGAGGAAGAGAAAUCAUCAAGUCUUUACAUAAGUGCCCCCCAAGCAUACAUUCCAGCCAUCUGUUGAUCUGCUGGAAAAGAAGCUACUUUACAUAUAAAUGUAAAAGUGAUUGGGCAAUAGAACCUGAAAUGGUGAUUGGUUAUGAAAUGCCAUCUGCUCUGAGUCCUCAGAGGCAGGAGAAGGGAUGUCUGCUCUCUGUCUGAGUUUGGUACAUCACAUGUUGUAUUUUUUGACUCAUUCCUGACUGAGCAACAAGUGAGGGUCCAUGCUGUGUUUGUCCACUUUGAGAUACUUCUUAUUUUGCCUAAGUGUGUGACAGAAAAAGAGGAGAAUUACCUGACAAAAACUUUGAGAAGAGGGCCCUCUAGAGGGGAAAAGAGGGCGUGAAAGUCAGAGUUAGAAUGUUCCACAUGUAGCCACUAGAGGGCAGUAUGUGUCCAUGUUUCUAUUCAGUUCCGGCAGCGAGCAGGAUUGUCACACGGAUGAGAAAUGUCAACAAUAGUCAGAUUUUUAUGAAGUUCAUGGAGGUUUUUGCUUUGAAGGAAGGUUGCGCUGUAGGAAUUAAGGGUUAAUCUGAAAUGUCACAGUCCAGGUUGUUCACAAACCACUUCACUUAUAUUCAACAAGCAUGAUAAGCAUAUGGAUGUCGAAGUAUUUAACUUUUGGGGCGGUUGUUUAGCUCAGCUGUCAAUCUAUCCCCAUGCACAGAAGCUAUCUAUCUAUGCCAUUUCUUACUAAUUUUCCUCUUUCCUACUUGAACUAAAGCAUUAUAGUCCAAUAAUAAACACUUUUCAUGGUUAAAGGCGGAUGUUUUUGUUUGUGUGAGGGAGAUAGAGGACGGUUGCUCCAAACUAUUGCAAAGAUUGUUAUCUAACACGAAGCAAUUUCUUUUUCUCUAAUGCAGCUGGUCUUUUAAUAUUUACAACAUGGCUUUUUCUUACUCUAUGGUAUUGAUAUUUUUAGCAUCAAUUUGACCAUGAACAGGAAAAUAAGCUUUAUUAACUUUCUGAGAUACAGUAAUUGAUUCUGAAAUGUUGUUUUAUUGGCAGAUUUAAAGGAAGGAAAGGGGGAAAAUGAAGAAGUGACCCAGAUGUACAAGGAUUUUGAAAUACACCACUUUAAGCUUUACGUCUCCUUCAUCCUUUUGUCCCUUUUGUUUGGUCAUCUCAUUGCCUAAUCAAUACAUGUCAAAUCAACAUUUGUAGCUUUCAUUUCUGAUAAAAGUUAGCCCACAUGCUGAAUACUCUGAUGCAGUUAUUAAUUUUCAAGGAACCAUUUUAUCAAACCAAGAAAAAAAAACAAAAAAAAAUCUGGCUCAAAACCCAGACAGAAUUAUUUCACAUUGAUGGAUUACAGCAAACUUUUACAACAAAGAGGCCAGAACUACAAAUUACACAGCAUGGUCUUUUAUUUCACUUCACCGCCACUUCACUUCCAGGCUGGUUUCGUCUGGGUGUUCUUUGAUAAGAGGUAGAGGUUGAAAAGGAUGAGUUUUAAUACAGUCGGGAUAUAAUCCUGGUGCUAAUUAAAUUUUUUGUUCCAUCUAUUAUCAUUGCUGUAGUUCCUGCUAUAUCCAGAAGGUAAAAUCCAUCCAGGCUGAAGUGGACUGAGACAGAGAGAAGUUAGAUUUUUUCUUCUAAUGCAUUAAAGUCCCCCUGAAAAGAAGAAUCCCUUCAUCUUCUGCAGUAUUUUAUUAUCCAGCCAAACAAUUUUAAGGUUUUGUAGGGGUCUUUUUGUGCUCAGGGCCAUGGAUCAAAGUAAGGUGCUACAGUACAUCUGUUAAAAUGGAUGAUCUUGAAAGGGAUAAUCAGAUAGAGACUCAUUAUAAUGGGAGCAGCAGCUGGUAGUCUGUGGAGAGAUAAUUAUACUCUCCUGAAGAUUACUGCAAAUGUAGAAAUGUACUCUGCUGCAAAGUAACAUCAGUUUAGAUCUUGUUACUGCAUUCCUCCUGCUAAAGUGAAUAAAUAUUUUACAUUCCCUAUACAGCAGAUCUACUUGACUCUUUUCUGUGCAAUGGGUUUAUUUUCACUCUCGAACAUAAUUUCCAAAAGACAUCUCGUGUGACACAGAUAAUGGGUGAAUUAUAAAUCGUCUGUUCCAUUUGGCAGCCAAGAAAGCAUCAUCAGGCACAUAAAAUCCAGGGCUUCACAGUAAAUUGCAAUCUGAUUUUUCUUCUAAUAUACCCACAGUAAGUGUUCCCAAUAAACACCAGAAACAGAAUUUGUCACAAUGAAGAUAGCAGUACUUUUCAUUUCUCAUAAAUUUUACCCAUUGAGCGGAGGUAUAAUGUAGUAUAAUGGCUAUGCUCGCUUCUACUUCAGAUUAAUUUGUGCAAAUUUACUGGUGGAAAAAAAAAAGCUUUGUGGAUUUAUUCAAGACUCAGGAGGAACAUGCUGCAUUCACGGGUACUGUGUAAAGCAUAAGGGCAGCAGGAGUUUCAAUCUGCAAUCUACUCUUUUAUUUAUAUGUAUAUUUAUGUUUAUUUAUCUAUUUUUGCAGUUGCAUGUUGAUUUAGACAACAGUUUUAUUUCAUUGCAGUGAAGCCUUACUCCUGUGGGGCCACUGUGGGUGCUGCUGUGCUGUGAUUUGCAUCAUAUAGAGGUCUGUCUUGACUAGGUAGUUAUUAAUAGUUUUAGACAACAGAAAGGCGACAGCAGCAGGAAGUAUCUGUAAGUCAGCACCUGUAACAUUAAAGGCUAAUUUUUGGAUAGAUUGUAGUAGGGAUGCAGGGAUUCAAUAUUUGGUUUGGAUAUCGGCUCCAAUAUUGACAAAUUAACUGGAUCGAAUGUUGAAUAAAUGAUGCCGAUCCAGUGUUCCGAUCCAGGCUUUUUUUUUUCUUUAAAUUUUUUUUUUACUGUGUGCUAAUGUGCAAUUUGUUAUUUU